AAUGGUUUUUAGAAAAUACAAUGCUUUUUCAUCGUUGGCCUAAUAACCUUGUGUGAUAAUUCCAUCAAAAUACGGAACGUACUUAUUGACGGACCAAAGAUUAUGGGACAGACAGAUAGACGAACAGGCAUACCGACGCAUAUAAGUGGCACGAUUUUUGAUCUAGAUGAAAGACAAGCUUCAAAAGUUCCAUUUUCCAGUAUUAAUAGAGCUUCAGGAUCGUUCAGCAUUUUUUGAUGGCCACGUCAGAUUUUCCAAUUUUACUGGAUUUUAAAAAAUCCAUAUCCGGGACCUCGGUUGUAG